AUGGACUCUGAAAAACCUAUUGAGGCUGGAAAGAUGUAUACUGCUUCUUGUUCUAAAUCCUCGGCUGAGGAACAGAAGGCAAAGUUUAAGAAAAAUGCACCUCCCAAGGAGAAACAGAAAAAGAAGUUUCACGCAAAUGCAUCACCAGCAGGUUUUACGGAACUAACCAGCAAGUUCAAAGAGACAACAUAUGGAAAUCCUGCUAUAGGGAAAAAAGACAAGAACGCUGGUCAGAUAUGGGCAAUUUACAGUGAUGAGGAUACUUUUCCCAACUACUACGGUCAGAUUCAAAAGAUUGAUGAAAAGAGGCCAAUUUUAGAAUCACUGCAAACUGUAACUCUUAACAGGCGGCGAUUCCCAAAAUUCCGCAUCAGUUUUCCCUCCAAAUUUUGUUUCUCUUUUUCUCAAACCCUAACUCCUCUAGCACUCGCGAGGGCGCAUAUGAAUUGCUAUGGAUGA